ACAGCCAGCUCUAGUGCUGGCUGGAAAGCUGGAGGCGCUGUUGCUGCUGAUCAGUUUCCUGCUGGUUUGCGUGUUCUUGUUGUUGAUGAUGAUCCUACUUGUCUUAUGAUCUUGGAGAAGAUGCUGAGAACUUGUCUCUACGAAGUUACCAAAUGCAAUCGAGCAGAGACUGCAUUAUCUAUGCUAAGAGAGAACAAAACGGGUUCGAUAUCGUUAUCAGCGACGUCCACAUGCCGGACAUGGACGGAUUCAAGCUUCUCGAGCAUAUCGGUUUAGAGAUGGAUCUCCCUGUUAUCAUGAUGUCUGCCGAUGAUGGAAAGCAUGUUGUUAUGAAGGGUGUUACCCACGGUGCCUGCGAUUACCUAAUCAAACCGGUUCGUAUCGAGGCGCUGAAGAACAUAUGGCAGCACGUGGUUCGGAAGAGGAAGAACGAAUGGAAGGACUUUGAGCAAUCGGGAAGUUUAGAGGAAGGAGAUCAGCAGCUAAAACAAUCAGAAGACGCUGGUUACUCUUCCUCGGCUAAUGAAGGGAACUGGAAAAGCUCGAAACGUAAGAAGGAUAAUGAAGAUGAAACCGACGAGAGGGAUGAUACAUCAACGCUAAAGAAGCCGAGGGUUGUUUGGUCUGUUGAGCUUCAUCAACAGUUUGUCGCAGCAGUUAAUCAACUAGGCAUUGACAAGGCUGUCCCGAAGAAAAUUUUGGAGUUGAUGAACGUUCCUGGACUGUCCAGAGAAAAUGUUGCCAGCCACCUUCAGAAAUAUCGCUUGUAUCUUAGACGGUUGAGCGGGGUAUCGCCUCACCCGAGUAAUCUGAAUAACUCUUUUAUGAGCCCCCAAGAUGCAACUUUCGGGUCACUUUUUUCGCUUAAUGGGCUCAGUCUUCAAACUCUUGCCGCCACUGGUCAGCUUCCUGCACAAAGUAUUGUCACACUCCAAGCAGCAGGGCUUGGUCGGUCGACAGGUAAAUCAGGCUUACCUGUGCCUCUCGUUGAUCAAAGAAACAUUUUUAGCUUUGAAAACCCGAAGUUAAGAUUCGGAGAAGGGCAGCAACAUGUGAACAAUAAUAAGCAAAUGAAUUUACUACACGGAAUUCCGACAACCAUGGAACCGAAGCAGCUUGCUGGGUUGCACCAUGGUUCCCAAUCAAUGGGAAACAUGAAUAUGCAAGUCACUUCCCAUGGUCAGCAAAGUAGCCAAAAUAAUCCCCCAUUGAUGCAAAUGGCUCAGCCACAGGCUAGAGGGCAGAUGCUCAAUGAUUCCAGUCUCGGUCAUGCUCCGAGACUUCUCUCACCAAUGGGGCAGCCUAUAUUAUCCAACGGAUUUGCUGCCAAUGUCUCUACAAGAAACGGAAUUCAAGAAAAUAUCCGAGCCCCUAGUUAUAAUCCAGUUUCGCAGAACUCUUCAAUGUUGAAUUUCCCCAUGAAUCACGCUUCGGAACUACCCAGUAACAGUUUCCCUCUUGGAAGUACACUGGGGAUUUCUAGUCUCACACCCAAAGUAGAUUUUCAGGAAGAUGUUAACUUGGAUAUCAAAGGAUCAGUGGAAUUCAUUCCGAGUUACGAUAUAUUUAACGAUUUGAAUCAACAUGAGCCCCAAAGUUGGGAGCUGCAGAAUGCAGGGAAGACAUUCGAUGCCUCUUGUCAUUCAAACUCUCUUCAAGGCAACCUCGGUCACGCUCAAUCAGUUUUAGUUCAACAAGGAUUUUCGUCUGAUCAAGUGAACAGACAGAACAGGAGUGCAACCGUCGUAAGCAAGGCAAUGUUUUCAUCAGGAGAUAUUACAGGGCACGUAAAUGCUCAAAAUGGUAAUCAACAUCUCAGCAAGGCAAUGUUCUCAUCCGGAGAUAGAUCAGGGCAUGUAAAUGCUCAAAAUGGUAAUCAACAUCUCAACUCCCAUCUCGUCGAUGGUACCGUAAAGGUCAAGUCCGAGACCCCUACCAGUCUAUACCCUGAUCACUUCAGACAAGAGGAUCUCAUGAGUACUCUUCUGAAACAGCAAGACACGGUCGCAUCAGCUGAACACGAGUUCGAUUUUGACUGUUAUUCCCUCGACAAUAUUCUGGUGUAAGGCAACUUCCAUUCUCAAGUCCUCUUUGUGAAUCAACGGGGAUAUUCAGUCGACACUAAACUGCAUCUUCAUUCUGUGAAAAUCAUGUUGUGCCAGUUCGUUUUGAACAUAACAGGAUUGGGAAAACGGAUAAUUCCGGAUCGAUCCUUUACCAUUGGACGAUAAUUACAACGUUUGUAAGAUACGUCCGCAUGAUACGCAAAGGCGAUCAUGCGGAAUUUUUAUUGCUUUUUCGGUAAUGAAAUCUUGUAGGAGAAGGGGAAAAAACUAACUUUUGGGUGCUUUUCUAAGCAUUGUUUUUAGUCAUGAGCAGAUCAUAGGAGACUUAUUUUUCUAACUCUGAUAACAGAUGAAGUUUGAUCU